AUGACGACGACAUGGAGCGAUGGAGGCAGAGCAAGGACCGACGUUCGUUGGAAGGAUGGCUGCGGUGGAGAGAUCGCCAUUGGGAGAUGUAAUCGUGAAAGGGAACGAGCGAUGGAGGCAAUGAGAAGUCUCUAUGAAUCCAAUGGAUUGACUCUACUCGAGUGCCAACGAACACAGAGAAAGCGAGAAAUUUUCACAGAGAUCGAGCAAAGAGGAGGAAGCGAUAUGGCAGUGAUGGAUAAACUAAAGAUGUUCGUUGCUCAAGAGCCAAUUGUUGCUGCUUCAUGUCUCCUCGGUGGCGUUGGUCUAUUCCUUCCAGCCGUGGUGAAGCCUAUGCUGGAUUCAUUUGAAUCUUCCAAGCAAGUUCGUCAACCUGCUUUAAACGAUGUGGUUGCAGGUAUAACUGGUAAAAAGAAGUGAUGAUUUAAGAGUAGAAUUCAACACAAAAGCAUGAUUAUUCAAGGUAGAUAUUAUUAGAUUCUAUUGUUCUUGCAAUAUGUUAUGCAUCCUCACUACAAGUUAAUAAAAUCUCAAUUCUUUGGGUCAAUGUAAGUUAAAGUAUUUGCUUACACUUGAAUUCGAACAUUUUCUGGUUUGGCUAAACCAGUUUUUUCAAGUAUAAAUGUUUUUAAACAAUAUGACAUAAGGAUAAAUGCAAAAGAUAUGGCAAUGUACUUUUUUUUUUU